ACUUGCAGUAGAGUAAGUCGCUAUUGAUUGAAUUGAACAAGUAUUAUUAAUUAAAUCGUCAAAAAUGAUAUUUAUCGAAAAUUUAAAAUUAUUUGCUAUUUGUGUGCUCUGUCUCAAUAUGUACACACAAGUGAGUUCCACGACUAUCACCCAGAUAGGCGAUGUACGCAUUGAAAAAUCAAAUGGUAUAUGGCUAUGUGAUAGAAUCGAAUGUCCCCCUGAUGCUGAUCGUUGUUUCGUUUCAAAAUCCAAUGAAGUAGACCCCUCAAUUCUAAAACGUGUCAAUUAUUGCUAUUCCAGGGACAAUCAAAUAUUGAAACAGCAUGUAUCUGAAACACCAGUUGAUCCCAAUUCUAAAAUUAAAAUGCAAAUGACCUCCACUCGUAAUGGUGGCAUUAUCACCAGUAAUGAUGGUUAUAUAGGAUCACUGGAGGAUUUCGAUGAGGAAAAAUUCAACCGUCAAAUGAAUAAGAUGAAAACCAAUCUUAAACAUAUGAAUGAAAACGUGAACAAAAACCUCAAACACCAAAUGCAUAAUUUGCAUGAAAAUCUAAAUAAAAUGAAAAAUAAAAUGGCACAUAUGUUUGAUGAUUAAUCAUGUCAUUAUUUUCAGAGAUUGUUUGAUAAAACAAAACUCUAAUUUUGUUGAUCUUAUGUGACAUAAUUUAAAGAAAAUUUUUGAUUUUGUUGAUUUGUAUUUAUCGUUAUUGUUAUACAAACAUACAUACAUAUACAUAUACAUAUGCAUAUGUAUGUACAUAUUUUAUAUAUUUUUUAUGAUUUUAGAAUCAAAUCAGAAUAAAACUAAUUGUUAAGCUUUAUAA